GGUACCGGCUUCCUCUCUAAUGUCCUGGGCUCCCUGCCCGCAGUCUUGUCUCCUCUCCAGAGCUCUAUCAACAAAGACAAGAAAGCACCAUCGCCGUCGGUUAUUUUCUCUGUAGCCGGAGAAGCUGUUCCGGCUCUUUCGUCCAACAUGGAGACGUCUUCGGGAAGCCCGUACCUGGGUUCAAAUACAAUCCGCUUGUGGAUCUGCCAAGGGCGUAUCCUACCGAGCCAUGGUCAGCACCCCCGUGGUACCCGUCAUAUUGUCUGUCGUUAACCUCUGGCUGUACACCUUGGUUUCUCGCCAUGAUUCGUCCACAGGUCCAAGAUGAGGUACUCGCAGCACCUGCUACCCCAUCAGAAGUCCGUCUUCAGAGCAUCGUCAUCCUCUCGGUAGCGGUCAUAUCUCUGGUCGGUGCAGCAUGGAUCGUGGCCAGCUACGCGAUAUUCCCCCACCUUCGCUCAUUUCGCCACCGUCUCAUCACUGGGCUUGCCAUCAGUGACGCGCAUAUGGCGCUCAAUUUCCUAUGCUCGACGGCAAUGAACGUACAAGGCAACUUCAUAGGCGCUCCCAGAAACGUUAGCUUCUGCAGCUUCAACGGUUUCAUGACGCAGGUCUUUGUUAUCCAGACCGAUUAUUGGGUUCUGACUAUCGCCGUCUGCACCUACUUCAUCUUGGCUGGUCACAAGACCCAGUCCACCUGGGUUCAGGAUCAUGAACUCGUUAUCUGGGCAUUGCCCUGGAUUUUCUCGGUUCUCUGGGCCUUCGUUGGUCUCGGCGCCGUUGGUUAUGGGGACAUUGGUGCCUGGUGUUGGUUCACCUCAGAUACCGUCCGUCUACUCGUGAACUUCAUUCCUCGAUGGGUCAUCAUAGUCAUUAUGUUUGUCAUGUAUGCACACCUGUCGUUCGUUCUUUAUAAAGCACAUAUUCGGCUAGGCUCGAUCCAGGAACCUUCCCCUGGCCACCCUGAGUCCGCACUUACAACUGAGGAGGGAAGUCGGAUGACAAGCAUUCACGAAGGGGCCGAAAGUCGUUCAGCAGUUUCAGUCCGAAGGCUCAAGAGGGUUGCACGGCUUAUGCUUCUUUACCCCCUAGCUUAUGCAAUCAUCUGGUCUCUGCCAACCGCGAUCCGAGUAUAUCAAGCGACAGAGGACAAGCCGGCAGCUUUUGCGCUGCAGACGAUCGACAAGGCCGCCGUCGUCAUCCAGGGUUUAGUAGAUGCCCUCAUCUACGGCGUGAACGAGACGACACUCGUAAGCUGGCGUACGCGGUGGCUCCGCCAGGGAUAUCCAGUCCUUCAGAGAACAAACUCCCACGGCGAGCACGGUUCAGCAACAGACGUCAACAGGGGAAUGUUCUGUCAGCCACACAACAGAAGAGGACUUGAGGCUACUAUGUCAACUUUGACAGGACCAUCGGAACUGGAAAUGGAUGACACUUCGAGGCCCAAUGAGUUGAGGGACUUGAGGCCCUAGACUGCCUGGAUGGGCGGCCAAGACACUUCUAUCGGAGACCCUAUAAUUACAUGUGCGGGCGGGAAACCAGACACAGCUAUUGAAUAGGCACCAUGGAAUUCACGGUGAGGUGGCGUGAAGAGUUAUUGACCGGAAGAAACAAUAUGUCCAUGGUUAGGAGUGAUGCAGUGUUUCCCGCGCGGGUCGCACUUGGCCUAGUGCAGAUUGCAAACGUAACA